AUGCCUGGCUUGGCCAAUGGAAAUGCGCUCAAUGCUGUUAUGCCACGAUGGGAAAGACCUGGAUGGGAUGGGGAACGUGCAGGGCAGGAGGGAGCAGCUGCCACCUGCACUCCCAGGUCCCGUCUGCAGAUUCCCAGAGUCGUAGAGAAGGAGCCGACAAGUCACAAGCACUGCAACAGCAAUAGAAGGCAGUUCAAUAUGAAUAGAUACUUUGCAUCAUCCCCCGCUUUGGGUGACGGAUUGCCCGGAGAAGUACACCCCAGCAAAAUAUCGAAGCCACAAUCUAAUGGACACGACGACCGGGUCUUUCCAAUUUGGCGCUUCUCUCUCCUUUUCUUUCAAGCCCAGCCCAGCCGUGAGCCUCAUUCUUCUUUCGCCAUUCUCUCUUUUGCAUCCUACACAUCUCUAUUUGCACGACAUAUCGCCCCCAAAAUCCUCUCCGUCCGACAAAAAACCACCACCAUAGGAGAGGAGGACUGCCUACACCCAAGGGUCCCGUCGCCGUCCCAAGAUAGCUUCUCCCUCCCUCCACUCCCACACCAACCUUACCUUGUCCUCACCCACGGUAACGACCGACCUUUCAAGCCUUGGCCUGACCGAACGACCGACCGAUCGAAACCCUCAGACCCCUUCCCGCGACCGUCCCCACGCGCCUCAGUGCACCAGUACCGCUACGCUACAACCUCCCCCGUAGACAUUCGCUUGCUCUACAGCGUACCUUGCCGCCCACCCGUCUCCCCGCCCCGCUCCAAACACUCCAGCCAGGCUCAAGUCUGUGACACGUCUGGCUCCAGCGCGCCCCGACAAGCCCAGCACACCAAGGCCCAGCAGCACAGGGGACGCUUCUGCUAUUUCGAAACGCCCGUCAUGGCGCGACUUGACUCUUUUACGGCCUCGUUGCCGCUCAAGUCUUUCUCCUCCUUCAAGACACUCGCUGCUGCUGCAUACAUCCUCACAUCGCUUCCCAUGGCUCUCGGUCACGAACACGGCGUCAGCCACAUCCAAGAGGGCGAGACCGUCUCGCAAGAACCCAUCGACACAAUACUAUGGAUUCAUAUCUUCAUCAUGAUGCUGGCCUUCGGGGUCAUCUUCCCCGUCGGCAUGGUCUUGGGCAUGACCAAGAACCGCUGGCAUGUUCCGACUCAAGUCCUCGGCUCCGCCCUCGCCAUUGUCGGAUAUUUCCUCGGCCACAUGCAUGGCGGAAGACAAUUCGUUGCCCAUAACGUCCAUGCCUCCUUCGCCAACUGGCUCAUGAUCAUCAUGGCCUCCCAGGUCGGCUUGGGCAUUUACCUCAGGCUGCAUCUCGAGAAGGGCAUCAACGGUCGUAUCCGCCGCUUCAUCAAGCCCGCCCACAGCAUCUUGGGCAAGGCCUCGCCAGUCUUGGCUUGGACACAAUUCUUGUUUGGCGGCAUUACCUCGCUGGGUUUCUGCCAGGGCGACCAUCUCGGCCAGUGUUUGGCGCAUUUCAUCAUGGGUAGCGCCUUCAUUGCUUACGGAAUCAUCUUGACCCUGCUUCUCCUCGUUGGACAGCUGUGGGUGCGACGCAGUGGCCGAUCCCAGGAAUUUUUUGACAGCAUUGUUAUUGCGGCAUGGGGCUGCGUGAACACCUUCACCGAGCAUCGAUGGGGCACGGAGUGGGUCAGGAACGACUGGCAACAUACAACCAUGGGUAUUAUCUGGUGGUGUGCUGGUCUUGUUGGUAUCUGGCUCAGCCGGGACCGCGAUGGAAACCCCAAGCGCAACUUCAUUCCCGGCUUCGUCAUUGGUGUCACUGGAUGGGCCAUGUCUGCCCAUCCCCAGGACCUUCCCAUCAGCGCCAUGACCCACAGUAUGUUUGGCAAGACCUUGAUGGGUGUCGGCAUUACCCGUGUUAUUGAGGUUGCCUUCGUUGUCAAGGACGGCGUUGGCGUCUCUGCUGAUGGACGCCAAACCAACAGCUGGCAGUUCAUUCCUGUCUUCCUUUUGUACGCCUCUGGCUUCCUCUUUAUGGGUGCCACUGAGGAGCAGAUGGAACUUGUCGCCAACUCGGGUCUCGACCACGUGUCGUAUAUCCUUAUCCUCUACUCCUUCGCAUUCCUUCUCUUCCUUUUCACCAUGAUGCUCAUCCACCUGUUCGACCGUAACACCAACACCGAAGGCAAGGUCAACCUGGCGAAUGGCGUGCCCCUGGCCAACGGUCGCCCCGGUGAAACCCGUCAAGUGCGUGAUGCCGAGGAAUUCGAGCUCGAGGGCCUUAUGAGCGACGACGACGAUGACGAGGCCCGCAAAGGCCUGAAGGACGAAGUUGAUGACGAGGGAAGCCCUAGCAGCCCUAGCACUAUUGGAAAGAACAAUGGGAAAGGCAUAUCGCAUUUCAGGUUCGGCGUUUGGAUCCAGGUUGCAGCACAUUUCAUGGGCAGGAAAGCAAAUACGGUAAUAUCUCAACAACCCGCUGUGGGCAUCAUGUAUUAUGUUCUGGCUUUCUUGCCGAAAGACCGAGCGGCAUACAAGUACUGCCACAGAGCCGUGUCUUACUACCUUACUCCAUCCAGGUCUGGCUUCACCUUGAUGUAUACCGACCUCGCGGGGCAGGCCUGGACCCCGACCCUGCAUCCCGCCCCUUUUGACAUUCCGUCUUCGACACCGUCUCUCCUCUCCCUCUCCCUACUCAAGAACCCCAACGGUCCCUCCAAGAACCGCCUGGCCAACAAGGCCCUCGGCGCCAAGAUUGCCCGCCGUAAGAAGUCCGAGGCGAACAAGCACAAGAUUGCGAGGACGGACACCAUGCGCGGCGCGAGGCCCGGUCUGAUGGCCACCAGCGGUCCUAACGCGCCCAUGAGCAAGAAGAAGGCCAAGAAGAUGGAGAAGAAGAUUGCCCAUGCGAUGAGGAGGAAGAUGGAGGCUGAGGGAGAGGUUGUCAUGCAGGAUGUUGAGGAGACUGCCGAGAAGCCCGAGGAGGGAGAUAUGGAGACGGAGACCAUUGCAUAG